AUGGCAGAAGAAAUUGAAAUAUCUAUGCCAUUACGUGGUAGGGAUGCUGUCUAUCAAAAGCCGCCCAACAAGUUCAACAAGCCAACAUCGACAGUGGCCCUGAAUGGCUCUAGUUCAGUUUCAGCCAUGCUUCAUGUUUUCGAAUCCAUGGACGAAAUGGAAAGAAAUAAGUUGAUACAGAGCAUAGAGAAUCUGAGCUGGAAAAAAACUUGGGAUUUGACCAAACAGUUUGACAAACAGAGGAGAGAGAAAAUGCCCGUGAAACAGCCUCUGUUCGGCAUGGAAAACGAGAGUCACUCCUGCCCCGAGAUGCUUCCCACAGCAAGGGAUGGGCCUGGGGUCGAUUUGGGCAGUGUUGUCUAUGAGUUGCUCGCCAAACCCAGGACUGCCGAAGGCGUUGAGGAACCUGAGCCGUGGGCAGCAGCUGACCCACCCGACUAUAUCCCUGACUAUGAACAUGGAAAAAUCGAAAAGACGGUCAAAAGGUCCAACAAUGUGGAGUUUCGGACCCAGUGGGAUGCCCAACGCAAAAGGCAAGCAAAUGCAUACGCAAAAUCUCAUCGUAUCUACCCAAUCGUCCAAAAUGGCACCCUUGCCUUGACAUCGGACUGCAAGAAAGUUGUUUACGAGCCGGAACGAUCUCUUCUUGAUGACUGGAAUUUGGACGUCCAAGAUGGAGAGGAUCGAUGGCACGAAUUCAAACAUAGAAUUACGUCGUUUGAUCUUCCCAACGCGAGUGUCAGAAAGCAAUUCCGCACCUGGUGGGAUAAGAUUCCGGCAGGACACCAAGUCGACAUCUACCACGCUGCCUUCUUUGACGGAACCGCGAUGCCCGACGGACAGUCUUCUAUGUUUCUGCCAGACAUCAAGCAUAUCCCCACCCCUAGGGACAUGAAAGAUGAGCUGACACGCAUGCAUUGGCACGAGACAUCGGAAGGCUACGUAUACAACCUGGGGAAGGUCAACAGAAGACGACAGAAGAAGGAACAGGAACACCAAGAGCACCUUCGCCGUACUGCGGCUUACCGUGCUUGGCUAGAGUUGCCACCGGAUUCGAAGGUUGUUCCACCCGGCAUCUAUCUGCGUCCUGCGGAGCAGUAUGACGUUUCUUCUAUCCUUGAAAUAGUGAACUGCUUGUUCAAUUUUGCCGAGAAAACCCACCUCCCCUUCGUCGUCGCUGCUCGACGUCCGCCAGAGCGCCUGUGUCGUAACCAGAUCGACCCUGUGGUUGGCUACGCCUAUGUCGGAUUCCAUGGACACGGCAAGCGCGCUGACAAGCACACUGGUGAGCUGCAUGUCUUCGUCCAAGAGAGUAGCAAGAAGCAGCACAUUGGACGGGCACUUGUUGAUAUGGUCCUCUCUUGUUUUGAUGUGACCUCCAAACAAAGCAAAGAUUACGAGUUCGACCGAACUGGUACAGUGCAGUACGGUGCGGGUUAUGGAUGCUUCCUCAGAUCAAUGGUUUGCGCCAUUGCAAAAUCCCCAGAGGCCCGGGAGGAGCAUGCCUGGAUCAAGAAGUGGUUGGAGAGGGACUUUGGCUUUGAGGAAAAGUGCGGAUUUAAGAAUGCGAGAGUGAAGAGUGGUAAGAGUUUCGAUCUUCAAUGCAUGGCUCGUCGCAUCAAGGCCCCACAAUCGAGCAAUGGUGUCAAGGGCCGACCUCAGGCUCAAACUCGGCCACAGGGGAGUGGUACUCAGUCUGCGAUGCUCAACUACGUCUGA